GGUGCAAACGUGCUGUUUUUGGAAGCACCUCGGGAUGUCGGUUACUCACGAGGCUCGCCGCAUCAGAAAGGAGGAUACAAUGAUACCGCGACUGCCGUAGAUAAUGCCGACGCGUUGAAAGUCUUCUUCGAUAGAUUCCCAGAAUUCAAACAUCGGGAAUUUUUUAUUACGGGCGAAUCCUAUGCUGGUGUCUACGUGCCGACAUUGGCCGCUGAACUGAUCAGACGUUUUAAGAACAAGCAAAUGCUUGACGUGAAUUUGGUUGGUUUGGCGAUUGGCAAUGGAUUGAUCAGCUAUCGAUCACAGAUCAAUUCGAUCAUCGAUAUGUUCUACUAUCGUGGAUUCUAC